AUGGACGUACCGAGUCCACACCCAAAGAUGUAUUGCCCAAACAGCGAAUCCUACAUCAUCAUGCUCCUUACAGGGAAGAAAAACCAGAAACCCACCUCUGGCGCCAACCAACUCACUCCGUGGCCAGACUCUGUUGGUCUGAAACAACAGCGCAACAGCAAGGGCGUUUCGUUUUUCACGCAUCCACAUCCACAUCCACAUCCACGGUGGGAUGGGUAUGAAGCAUGA